AUGGCGCUGUAUGGUGCACCGGUGUGGGUGGCGGCUCUGACCGCCCCGAAUAGGGCGCGCCUCUGGCGCCCCCAGAGGAUAUUGGCGGUCAGAGCCAUACGCGGAUACCGCACGGUGUCCACCGAGGUGGCCUGCGCCUUGGCCGGAACACCCCCGUGGGAUUUGGAGGCGGAAGUGCUCGCCGAAGUGUAUCGGCGAGUGGCUGACUUCCGGGCGGAGAGCGGAUUUCGCCCUCCGCCCGAAGACGUGCGCGAGUGGCGCGAAGCCGCUCGCCGAGCCACCAUAGUGAGAUGGUCGUUCCGGCUGGAGACUCCUAGCGCUGGCUUCGCCGCCCUGGAGGCCCUCCAGCCGGUCAUCGCCGAGUGGGCAGGGCGGCAGCACGGGACCCUUUCCUUCCGGCUGACGCAGGUGCUUUCCGGGCACGGUUGCUUCGGAAAGUACCUGUACUCGGUCGCUAGGAGGGAAUCGAGUCCCGCCUGCCACCACUGCGACUGCAGUGAGGACUCGGCCCAGCACAUGCUGGCGGUCUGCCCCGCAUGGGCGACGCAGCGCCGGGCCCUCACUGCAGUCAUCGGAGCAGAUCUCUCGCUACCAGCCGUAAUUCGCUCCAUGUCUGUUAACGACAGUUGUUUUACCGCGGUCGCAACCUUCUGCGAGGAAAUAAUCUCGCAGAAGGAGGCGGGGGAGAAGGCCCGGGAGGACGACCUCCACUCGGACACUUCGGACCUCGGAGGCGCGCUUACCUGUGCCUCAUGCCGCCCUGAGUGUGUGGCCGCGGGUGGACGGGAUGGGUUCUCCUCUCCACCCGCAUUAGUUUGGCCAGCCGCGAGGGGGCGGCGUCCGCGUGUGCCGGACGUCGCCUAA